GCUGAAAAUUCUGUUUGUUUACCCUAUGACGUUGCUUGGGGAUUUUGAAUAAUUUUUGUUUUGUUUAUUUGGUAAACUGAGCUGCGAUUUUUUUUCCUGCAAAGACUGGUAAAAUACAGGUUUUAAUCACCAUUGUCAGCACAAUAUAACAUCGUUUAUUUCUCUACUCAUCAUACCAACUGUAAAUAGGUCCUCAAUCAAUGAUGAAUUGAUAACUUGUUGCUGUCUAUAAAAUCAUUUUUCGAAAUUAGAUUUAAGACUGUUAGGAAAGGAAAAUGUAUCAGUAAAUUUUACUAAACCAUAGUCGAUCAUUUGUAAAAUAUAAAAAUGGGUUUAAUUUUCAGUCGUCAAAAUGCUAGAAUUGAAGAACCAGAUUCUAAUACGAAUAAUGCCUAUCGAUAUCCACCCAGAAAUGGUAAAUAUUUUGCAAGUCAUUUUAUCAUGGGAGGAGAGAAAUUUCAAACUACAGAACCUGAAAUGUAUUUGUUUGGUGAAAACAUGGACUUAAAUUUUCUUGGUGGAAAACCUGCACCAUUCCCUUAUGCUGCACCUCAACCUAAUGAACCAACACGUACAUUGCGUAGUUUGAUAAAUGUGAGAAAAGAGACAUUGAGAUUUGUUAAGGUACCAGAUGUUGUAGAUGAUCAAAGACAAGGAAAUGCUCCAUCUAACACUGUUUACAAUAUAGAAUUUAGUUUUGAUUCUGAUGUAAGAUGCAACAUAACAAUUUAUUACUUCUGUACUGAAGAAAUAACUCCAAAUGGUGUAAUAUAUGCUCCUCUAGAUCCAUCUACAAAUUCUGAAACAUACCACUAUAAAAAAGGAAUUAAUCAACAGUUUAGUCAAUCAUCUCAUGUAUUUGAUCCUAGUAAAUAUCCUGAAGAUAUGCUAACUUACAAAUUUGAAACUGAAAUAAUACCUGUUCUUAUCCAGUGUAUUGCUGAAGAAGGAGAUGAACCUAAGCAAUCUCAUAUGGUCCUAGCUGUUGUAGAAAAGAAUGCAGAUGAAACUUACACAUUAAAACCAUUAAAGCAAAAACUUUUUGUUGAUGGUCUUUGUUAUCUUUUACAAGAAAUUUAUGGCAUAGAAAAUAAGAAUCUUAACCAGACAAAUUUAACUGACGAGGAUAUAGAAGAUAUGGGAUUUGACUGUGUUAUUUGUAUGAGUGAUCCAAGGGAUACAUUGAUUUUGCCUUGUCGUCAUCUCUGUUUGUGCAAUAGUUGUUCAGAUUCUUUAAGGUUUCAAGCAAAUAACUGCCCAAUAUGCCGUGCUCCAUUUCGUGCAUUGCUUCAGAUAAAAGCUGUUCGGAAGUCUGAAAACCCUGUGCCACAGAUUAGCCACAAUAAUGCUGAAAACCAGACUUCUCAAGAUAUUCCUGCCGGUUAUGAAGCAGUAUCACUGAUUGAAGCUCUCAAUGGUCCUGCUCAACCCUCUGCUCCUCUAGUUCAUUCAUUCACUCCUGCUGCCAUUCCACCUUUUACAAAUAGUCCUGACUUCCGGCAGAAACAUCGUCUUCUGGACAGGCAUCACUCAAGUAGUGCUUCUCUGAAAUUGGGUGGUAGUAGUAAUUCUGACAAAGAUAGUGCUUUCCCAGAAAAACUGCAAAGGAAUGCAGAAGGCUCCUCUGUUCCUGAAGUGGUUGUUGCUUCUCUAAUGUCAUCAGAUCAAAUGGAUCUCAAAACAGAAUCUCUUUCUCGAGGUGAGGCCAGGAAACACAGGAAAGGUUUCCGAACUUCAUCUGCACCUGAAAAAAUGAGAUUAUUUGCCAGCUCUUUGAACAAAGUGAAUGAAGUUGGAAAUAAACGAAAAAUGGAGAAAGAUGCUGAAUUAGCCGAAACAAGAUCACUCCUUGAAAGCAACAUUAAUGCUGAAGAAAACUGUGGGGCUGUAGCUUCACCCAAGCCUAGCAGACCUUGCAGUAGAAGCAGUCCUAUAUCCUUAUCUACUCCUCAUUCAUUGCAUUUGUGUGAAAGAUCUAGUAAAGAUACUUCACCAGGUGGAGAAGAUUCUGAUUACUUUACUCCUGAAGACCCAAGCACUACAAUUCUCGUUGAUCAAGGCACGGAUACUAGUUUGGACACGCCUCAGCCUUUAGAAUCUGUCACUAUAAAUGAUUCUACUGAAAAACUAAAAGGGGAUUAUCCUAUUCCAGGAAAGUAUAAAGCCAAUCGAGAAAAAUAUGCAAUGACUGCUGAUGAAUCAGAAAGUACUUCUAAUUCUGUACAGGACAAAAGGAAGAAAAAUUCUGAUGCCUUGAAUAAACCAGAAAGUACCACGGAUUCAUUGGCAUCACCUAAUUCUCGAUCUUUGGUCGUGAAUUUAGAAAAUCCGAGUUCUUUACCUGGAACACCUGCAAGUAAUGCUAGUGUUCAGAGUAGUGGCGACAGUUUCAGCAGUACUUCUAGCACACGCUUGUUGCUAAGAAAUCAGAGUUAUGAAACUUUGCCUGAAUGAAAUAAUUUGUCUUAUACAGUGCUGACCAAACUACUGGACCUAUAGUUUAACGAGAAACAAGUGAUACAUUAUUUCAGCUAUAAACACAUUUUAUGAAUAAGAAAAAAACUUAAUAUUUUGUAUUAAUAGAAUUUAAAUGGAUGUUCUUUUUUAUAUCUGUAACACUGUUUUUCACAAUUGUUUCUGUUUUAUAUAAGAGUGAUAGCAAAUUCUUAUCACCUUUCCCUGUUUUUUAGAUACUUAUUUAUAUAGUUUUGGUUAUCUAUCACAAUAAAAUAAUAAUUUAAUUGAUUUUAAAAACAGUUUCACAUAUUCUUUAAUUUUUAUAUUCAUAUAUUCUUUAAUUUUUAAAUCAUGGGGUUAA